CGGACCCGGUUCUGUGUGCCGGACUCACCUCGAACUUCAGAAACAUUUGCAGACAGGCGGACCUGCGGGAGGCCCGGGGUCCUGACUGACCGUUACAUAAAGGUGAAGCCUUUUCACCAGCAAGUUACUGCUCCUCUGAAGGCAGGCUGUGCAGAAAGAUGGCGGCUCCCCUGCUGAGGAUAGGACGGCUGAGCUGUGUCAAGUGUUUGCAGGCUGAGAGUUGGAUAUCUCUGAGCAGAGCACCUGCAGCUGCAGCUUUCAGUUCCAAGUCUGGAGGUUCCAAGAAGAUACCGAAGAAAUUUGGCUCAGACAAAAACCAGGCUAAAACAUACUUCGACAUAGAAAAACUUGUUCAGCACAAGCCAUAUGAGUUUCAGAAGAAGGAAGUUUCUCCAGCCGCUGCCGCUGCAGCCGCAGCUAAAGCUCCACCAGCAACAGAGACCCCCACCUCUGCUGCACCUGAGGUUGUGGCAUCCACCUCUGGCAAAGAGACCACGCCCACCACUGAUGCUGUCGCUGAGCCUGCUGUAGCAGCUGAAGCUGCACCUGUAGCUGAAGUACCACCCACGGCCGAAGCUGCCCCGGUUAUUGGCACUACACCUGAAGUUGUCUUGGAAUCUGUUCCAGUAGGGGUGUCAGGGCCAGUUGUUGAAGCCUCUGCUGCUGAACCAGCCCCUCCUGUUAAAGCAGCACCCAUUGCUGAAGCCUCAGCCACAGAAACUAGACCAGCCGUGGAUGCUGUCCCUGAACCAGCUCCCCCUUUAGAGGUGGCCCCAGAGCCUGUGGUCCAAGCUGUAGCCGUUGAGGCCACUCCAGAGGCUGCAACCCCUGAGCCUGUGGCAGAGGCCGUUCCCGUGGAGACGGUCCCGGAGCCUGUGGCGGAAGCCGUUCCCGUGGAGACGGUCCCGGAGCCUGUGGCGGAGACGGUCCCGGAGCCUGUGGCGGAAGCCGUUCCCGUGGAGACGGUCCCGGAGCCUGUGGCGGAAGCCGUUCCCGUGGAGACGGUCCCGGAGCCUGUAGCGGAAGACGUUCCCGUGAAGACGAUCCCGGAGCCUGUGGCGGAGACGGUCCCGGAGCCUGUGGCGGAAGCCGUUCCCGCGGAGACGAUCCCGGAGCCUGUGGCGGAAGCCGUUCCCGUGGAGAUGGUCUCGGAGCCUGUGGCGGAAGCCGUUCCCGCGGAGACGAUCCCGGAGCCUGUGGCGGAAGCCGUUCCCGUGGAGACGGUCUCGGAGCCUGUGGCGGAAGCCGUUCCCGCGGAGACGAUCCCGGAGCCUGUGGCGGAAGCCGUUCCCGUGGAGACGGUCUCGGAGCCUGUGGCGGAAGCCGUUCCCGCGGAGACGAUCCCGGAGCCUGUGGCGGAAGCCGUUCCCGUUGAGACGGUCUCGGAGCCUGUGGCGGAAGCCGUUCCCGUGGAGACGAUCCCGGAGCCUGUGGCGGAAGCCGUUCCCGUGGAGACUGUCCCGGAGCCUGUGGCGGAAGCCGUUCCCGUGGAGACAGAACCAGAGCCUGUGGCAGAAGCCGUUCCCGUGGAGGUCACGGAGUCUGCAGCCCCCGACCCCGUGGCAGAAGCAGCAGCUGGAGUUAGUGCCGUGGACGAGAGCAGCGAGCAGCUGGUGGACCUCGCUCCGGUCAUUGCAGAGGCGGCGGGAGAGGAGCUGCAAACGGAGGACCCUACUGAAGCUGUUGAACCAUCUGAGGUUCAAAUGGACCCAAUUCAGAAGCUGUUCUUGGACUCCAUACGUCAGUAUUCAGCACAAAGCCAGGCAGUUGGAGGUCUGGUUGAUGCAGGAUCAGAGUACGAGAAGGCUCUGGCAGAGGAGAUAGCGAAGCUUCAGAGACUCUACGGUGGUGGAGACCUUUCCUCUUUUCCAGAGUUCAAGUUCCCAGAGCCCCGGCUGGAUGAAGUUUCCCCGAAGUGAACAUCAGCACUUUGCAUCUGAACUUUUCUACUGUGGUUUUUUCCUGUACCUCUGUAGUGGAACGUUACCUGUACGCCUGCCUUAGCUUCAUGUGUGAAAACAGAGCCGAGUCUGAAUAAUUAAAGGAGAUGGAAGCUAACGCUGAGCUAAAAGCUGUCAAUUUAGCUUUGUGUAGACGUGGCUCAACAAAUGUGAAGAAAACUAAUAAAGAGAUUUUGUUGGA